AUGAGUAGUACCGAAUUAGUUGCAGCAACUAAUAAUGAUUCUACUUUAUUAACUUCCACUAGAGUUUACAUUUCUAAUGUAAGCUAUCAAGUUACAGAAGAAGAAUUAUUUGAUUAUUUCCUUUCUUAUAAUGUAAAAAGUGUUUUAAUACCUUCACAGACAGUUCGCGGGUUUAGAACAAGUUAUCAAAGACCCUUAGGUAUUGCAUACGCAGAGUUUGAAAAUAAAGAUUGGGCAAAUAAGGUUGUUGCUGAUUUAAAUGGUAAAUGUUUCAAAGAAAGAAAUCUAAGAAUUAAGUUGUAUAUUCCUUACUCACCAAAUAAUAUUGUCAGAAAUAAAUUAAUUAAAAAUAAAAAAGAAGAAGAAACAUUUACUAAUGACGCAAAUAAUGAAAAGAAUGCAGAUUCAAAUGGUGAAAAUGGCACCCGUUCAAGAAUUGUAGUUGGUGGUGAAGGUGAUGGUGAGAAAUAUUGUACUGAUACUUUAUACUGUAGUUAUUUACCAAAGGAGACUACAGACACCACUUUAAGAUUAUAUUUCAAAGACUAUAAUCCACAAGAAAUUUGGAUCUUUAGAACAAAAGCUACAAGAGGAUAUAGAUUAAAAUUCCAUAGAUAUUUCACAUGUGCAUUAAUUACAUUAAAUACUAAUGUACCAAUGUUUGAAAUUUGUGAAAGAUUAAAUAAUAUUAGAUUAUCAAAUAAAAAGAUUACAGUACGCGUUGCAUUUAAAUCUAAGUUAGAAGAAGUCAAACAUAUUGCAACUAAGACUCAAUUGGUUAGAGAACAAGACAUCCCAAUUGAAGAAGAAAACCAAGAAGAUAUGGAACAAAACUCUUCAUCAAAUAAUAAUGAUCCUACUAAAAAAGCUGCAAAACCAACCGUGAAUAUAAUUACUGUAGAAGAAGAUGAAAAUGAUUACGAAAUUAAUAACAAUUUGGAAGUAAAUAAUGAAAACAGUAAUAAUACGGCGGAGAGUCCAAAUAGCGAUUCGAAUAGUAAGAAGAAAAAAUUGAAAUCAGAUGGAGUUGGAAAUUCCGAUUUGUUAAUGCCAUCGUUAUUAGGAAUGGAUGAUAACUUACCAUCUGGUACUUCCAUUCAUUUUUAA